CGCAGAUAUGGUAACAUAAAUGUUCUACCUUAGUGAUUCGUUUAUUUUUUAACAUCAAAUAACUGCCCCUCUAAUUAAUUAAUAAAAUAAUGUUCCGAACAGAGUAAUUAUGACAUUUGAUAUUCGCUUAUAAUGAAAACAAAUACAAUCGAUUAUAUUAUUUGAACAGAUCAGUGCAUUUUACUAAACGGAAUAGAGCAAGAGAGAGCAAGAGAGAGAAUGCAAGAACGAGAGAGAAAGAGAGAGAGAGAGAGAGAGAAGAGAAAGAGUGAAAGAAAAAAGUGGAGGAGCGGUGCGGCGAGGGAUGUGAGCGAACGAGCUUUAUAAUUGUACGAAAAAUUCAUAGAUGUUCAAGCAGCGGACACAUUAAGCAGGCAUCAGUCACAAACAACUAACAAGAUAAGAAUAUUAAAUUAUUCCCAUCCUGUUAAAGGUGUAUGCGCGCACUUGCCAACUUUAAAAUACAUAAACAUACGACAUUUUCAAAGAGGUAUACUUAGAUCGAUAUAGAGCUAGAAAAAAAUCCUUUCUGCGGUGGUGGAUGCGACAACAAUACGGCGGUAGUCAGUAGUCAUCAGUGCAUGAUGACGCGGGGAUAGCUACGUACAAGUCAACACGUCUCGAGUCACGACGAGGGCGGCUAGUUAGUGGCGCGCACGAUUCUGAAGGAAUAGACAAGCAAUGGACUUUGCCGGAAUCGCUUCAUCCCUUAUGGGACACUUUCGGCAUACAACUAACGUGAUCAGCAAUUUAUCAUCCUAGUGGUUCGUGCAAUCUGCUGCUUGCAGAUUAAUGCUUUUAUCUGAUUCAUGAGCUGCUUGUUGCUGAUGACGCAUCGAUGUAAAACUCGCUGUAGAAACUAACGACGAAGUUUUAUAAUGGAGGUAGGCCUGAUAAAAAUAGCGGAAGAUAGAGAUUUUGAAAAACUUAAGAAACUUUACGAUGAUAAUAAUGACUGGAGGUUGGAUUACAAUAAACCAGAUUUAUCAGUUUGGACAAAAUCCGUUCAAGGGAUCAGUUUCAGAAUGAUAAAAAUUAGAACAAGAUUUCCUGAUGUGCUGCCAGAAACAAUGUAUGAUGUUUUGCACGAUCCUGACUACAGAAAAAUAUGGGAUACUCAUGUUAUCGAUACAAAAGAUAUAGGCUUUUUUAAUCCUAACAAUGAUCUUGGUUAUUAUUCGAUGGCCUGUCCAUCUCCUCUUAAAAAUCGAGACUUUGUGUUACAAAGAUCAUGGCUUGAUACUGGAACAGAACAAUUGAUUAUUAAUCAUUCUGUUUAUCACAAAGAUUAUCCUCCAAAAAAAAGUUUUGUUAGAGCUACCUCAUUUUUGACAGGAUAUGUUGUAAGACCUUCUCGAAAUGGAGAAGGUACAGAGCUUGGAUAUGUAUCUCACAUAGAUCCACAUGGAAAAUUACCAGGGUGGUUGGUGAAUAAAGUUACACAAAUAUUUGCCCCAAAGAUGGUUAAAAAGUUACACAAAGCUUCAGUUGCUUAUCUAGAUUGGAAAGUAAAAAACAACCCAAAUUUUAAGCCAUGGCAUUUUCCAGAACAAAUUAUUUCGCCAAGAAUAAGAUUAGAAGAUUGUGUCAAAUCUACAGAGGAAAAGAAUCUGAAAAAUAAUUACGUUGAUGAAUCCAACAUAAAAGAGUCACGAAGUAAAGAUAUUGAAAUUAUGGAUAGUGAUUAACCUUCCAUUACAUUAAGAUGGUUGUUAAUAUAUUAAGUAGAUAUACAUUUUUAAUAAAUCAGCUUGUGAUGUUCAGUAUUGAAAAGUCAAAGCAUAGAAUGAAACCAUCAAUUUUGUAUGACGAAGUUCGAUUUUACGAGCUCUGAAUGUUUAAUUCAUGAUCAGAGCUGUUGUUGACACAUUGUUUUCUUUGUUGGAAGAUGGAUUGUGAGGUAUGCAAAUGAUUAUAUCUAGUCAAGAAGGUUGUACGUUUAAGCUAAGUGUAGAUUUUCGAGUAAUCAUUGACAAUUUGAGUCGGAAAAAGAAACCAAAGUUGAAGAAAAGUGAAAUACAACGCGCAAUAUACAGGGUUAUAACUCGUUAAUAAGUAUUCAAAUACAUUGUAAAGAAAUAAAAAUUUCAUCCUUUGUAUGAUUUUCAAUCUCUACAUCUUGAAGAAUUUUUCAGCACAGAUGUUACAUGAAAUCGUUUACCGUUUAUAUUGUGCGUUUGUCUAUAGAAUUGUUAUCUAUUGAUUAACGAUAAUAUUUAGAGAAGUAAGUUUUAUAUAGAAUUUAGUUAUAAAUUUAGUUGUAAUAAUAUGGUACACGAAUUUCGUAUCAAACAUCAGGGAAUUGGUGGAAAACCGUUUUAUUGACUAGUCUUGAUAUCUAGUUAGAAGAACUAGUAAAUUAUUGUUAAUUUUUACUUUGACGAGGUUCAGCGAAAAAGUAGUGAAGACUUGUCAUCACAAGAUAUAUCUUUGCGAAAAAGAAAAAGAUCGUUUCGAAGUCAUUCCAUUUUGAUAAAAUGAUUCUUCAUUAAAUUUUCAUUAAAUGCGAUAUAUCUAUGCAAAUAUAUUUUUAAUCGUACGACAUACAUAAAGUAUUUCAAUUAAUUGUAUUCAAUGAUGAAGAUAUUAAUUCAUAUUUUACUCGAUUAGAAUUUAGGUAAAUUUUUUCUACUUGACACUAAAUCUUUAUCCAUUUCUAAACUAGCUAUUAUCCAAUUCUUAUGAUUUUAUUUGAAUAAUUCCACAUUACGUAAGACUGCGUUCGGCUAUAACGUGUUUCAUUCAAUCUAUUUCAAUAAUCGCUUGAGCUCGGCUGUUGCAAUCAAAUUAAUCUACAUCUGCAUCUAUUUAUUGCAUGUAAUCCACUAAGCAUCUGCACAAUCAUCAUUUGAACGAUACAACGUCAAUUUACAGACAAAUAACUAGCCUAGACAUUUCAUUGAUAUGAGUUUCAUUUUUGUUAAUCACAAUGUUUAAUUAUGAGAAAAUUUCAUCGAAUUAUGUCGCAAUUAUACAUUAUCACCAAUAGACUUUUAUAGAUUUAUAACAAAAACAAGAAAACUCUAAGACAAAGACUUAUUAAAACAUUCAAGAUUGUCAUCGUAUUCAAAAUAUUAACAAAUAUUCGCGUGUAAACCAAGCAAGCGAAAUUGUCAUAGAAUGACAUUAUUUUUUCGUAACUGCAAAGACUGUCUGCGCCUCACGUGCACAGAAGUAUCCAUCGUGCAUAAAUUGAAAGAAUUGCAACAAAUAUUACUGCAUAAUGUUUUUCGAUUCAGUGAGCACUUUCGUCGGCUUUUUUUUGACAAAAGAUUAUUCAUAACAUUCUAUCCUGGAUUUCGAAAGACAAAUCGUGAUCCAAAGUAACGAACGACUGAUUUAAAGUACUAAACGUUGCUGUUGUUGGUUGUUCUUAUCCUUUGCUUGGCUCGUUACCUUUGCAUUUGAAUUUGCGCCUGAUUCUUUGCAGGCUCGCUGCCACAUCGACUGUUCUAAUACAUAAGCUACUAGUUUAAAAGUACGAGGGUCAGGAUGAAACUUUGACUUGGAAAGGUGCAUCGAGCGUACGGACAGACUCUGCAACCGGUUGAGUCGAAUCGUUAGAAGCUGCAUUAAAAUAUCUUUGAUACCGGCACAGAAAGCCAAAUGGCUAAACGCGACAGAAAGCCUUGGUUUUCCAUAUCAACAAUACACAUCACGCUGUGUGUACAUCUGUAUACACAUUAUUACCUUUACAGCAGAUUUUUAUCUCUCUAACUAGAUUCUUUCCGUUCGUAUCGAUGUAUUAUAUUAGAAUGAAAUGUUAAAAGUAUUGUCCAUAGACUGUACAGUGAGAUCUUACUAUACAUGAUAAUUAAAUACAAUAUUUAACAAAACUUUGUAGUUAAUACGUCUAGUUUUUCUCUGCGAUUACGCCAAUGUUACAAACAAAUUUUGGAAAUAUUUUUGUGCUUUGAAUAUAUUGUAUUGACCUAAGAUUUUGAGCAUUAUAUCAAACAGUUGAGCAUUUUGUGAUUAUAAUAAAA